ACGUAGUUUUUACACUGAAUUAUAAUAACCUAACCUAAGUAGUAGCCGACCUCUGAUAUCUCUUUGCUGUCUACUAUUUUUCUUUUUUCUCUUUUCUAUUUUGCAAGUUUUCCAGGCAAAACUCAACAUCCGACCAUAUAGCUCCCGCUGCCAGGAAUUGCAGCCUGCACGAUUCGGAGGAGCAGCUCCCUCCUUGUUACUUGCCUGUCUGACGCACGAAUCGCAGGAUUCUCUCUUUUUCUGUAUCAAAGGCUUCAAAUUCCUCGAAUUAAUUGAACUGUGUGUAACUCGAUGGGUCGAAAGAAGCCUACUGACGAGAAUCCUCAGGGUGGUGGUGGGAAAUCAAAGAAAAAGCAAUUGGCGAUUGAUGAUGAUGAGUACAAUAUUGAUACAGGGCUCUCUGAGGAGCUGAAUGACAAGGUUUCACUUACUGGGAAGAAGAAAGGCAAAAAGGGGAACCAAAAAAGCUUACAGCCUGAUGAGGAAAAGGAAGACGUGGAAGAGGACGGUGAGAUUCAGGAUUUAGUCUUUUCCGGAAAGAAGAAAUCAAAAGGAAAGAAGAAUGGAACUGCUAGUGUAUUUUCAGCAUCACAGUUUGGGUUACUUAGAGAUGAAGAUAAUGAUAACAAUGAUGAUGAGGAGACCUCUGAUUUACUUGGUGAUAAAAAUAGUGAGGUAGAAGACGAACCAGUUGUAAGCUUUACUGGGAAGAAAAAAGCAUCAAAGAAACCUAACAAGACCAGUGGUAGUUUGUUUAGUGCUGCAGCUUUUGAUGCACUUGAUGAUGAUAAUGAAGGAGAGGAGAUUGAUAAAUCUGAGGAGGGUAAUGAUGAUUAUGAUAUGCCAGUUAUUGAGUUUACUGGGAAAAAGAAGUCAUCCAAGGGUGCGAAGAAGGUUGGUAGUUCUGUGUUCACAGCAGCUACUCUUCAUGGGUUAGAUGACAAUGAAGAGGUGAAUGGGGAUGAGGAUGAAGACGAUGGAGCUAUAACUUUCUCAGGAAAAAAGAAGUCAUCCAAGAAGGCAGGCAAUAAGUUCAGUUCAGCACUGCUUGAAGAGGAAAAUGAUGAAGAGGCUUCUGCAACUGUUAAAAUUAGUGAUGAUAUAGCAGAAGCUGAGGAUGAUGAUGGAGCGGCUAUUACAUUUACAGGUAAAAAGAAAUCAUCUAAGAAGAAGGGCAAAGUUAAUGAUGAUGUAGCAGAGCAACAGACUGGUGUUCUUGAAGCUAAGGAUAAGGGUGAAGAGGUGGUAGAAACUUCAAAGAACAAGAAAAAGAAGAAGAAUAAGAGUGGAAGGACUGCUCAAGAAGAGGAGGAUUUGGACAAGAUUCUUGCAGAGCUUGGUGAGGGGUUACCUACUGAAAAACCCUCUGCAUCUACUCCACAAGAGGAGAGCAAUCAGGUCCAUCUUGAACAAGUUCCACCAGAGAAUGCUUCAGGUGAGAAGGAAGGUGAGGAAGAAAAAGAAGAGUCUGCUGCAGCGAAGAAGAAGAAAAAGAAAAAGGAGAAGGAAAAGGAGAAGAAAGCUGCUGCAGUCGCGGCUGCUGCUGCUGCAUCACAGGGGAAGGAAGAAAUAGUGGAGCAAGCAAAAGCUGAAACAAAAGAACCGAAAAAGAGUGACGCAAAAGGCAAAGCUGCAGAUAAGAAAGUGCCGAAGCAUGUUAGAGAGAUGCAAGAGGCACUUGCUAGGCGAAAAGAAUUGGAGGAGAGGAAGGCUAGGGAAGAAGAGGAGAAGAGGAGAAAGGAAGAAGAGGAAAGGCGUAGGCAAGAAGAACUUGAGAGGCAAGCAGAAGAAGCUAGGCGUAGGAAGAAGGAAAGGGAAAAAGAGAAACUCUUGAAGAAGAAACAAGAAGGCAAACUCUUAACAGGAAAGCAGAAGGAAGAACAACGACGGUUAGAGGCUAUGAGGAAUCAAAUACUUGCUAAUGCUGGUAUUACUAUUCCUGCAGCAGACAAAGAAGGUGCGCCAACAAAAAGACCCAAGUACCACACUAAGAAGUCAAAGCCAGCUGCUAAUCAUCAUGCAAAUGAUGCUGCCCCAGUUAAGCUGGAGGAGAACGUAGAAGCUACAGAAAAAGAGCAAGAACAACAAGAUGCCGAGAUUGAGGUAGAGCCUGUGGAGAUGGAGAAGGUUGCAGAAGAGGAAUCUAUAAAUGCGGAAGAGAAAACAGAAGUUAGAACAGAGGAGAAUGGGAUGGAGGAAGAUGAGGAUGAUGAGGAGUGGGAUGCAAAGAGCUGGGAUGAUGUUAAUCUUAAUGUUAAGGGUGCAUUUGAUGAUGAGGAGAUUGAUUCUGAGCCCAAAAAGAAAGAGGUAAAGAAUGCUGCUCCGGCUUCUCGCAAUGCAGACCCUCCUGCAGCUGCCAAGCCUGCUGUUGCAGGCCAAACACCUAUUCCUUCACAGUCAGUUAAAUCUCAGGAUGCUGCAAUUAAGAAACCUCAUCCCGAGGUUGAUGAUAGUGGAAAAAAUAGGACAAAAGAUGCUGCUGCAAAAAAUAAAACGCCACCUUCAGAUGCCACUCCUAAAGAAAGUGAAGAAAACCUCCGCUCUCCAAUAUGUUGUAUAAUGGGCCAUGUUGAUACUGGUAAAACCAAACUGCUAGACUGUAUCCGAGGCACUAAUGUCCAGGAAGGUGAGGCUGGGGGUAUUACACAGCAGAUUGGUGCAACAUACUUUCCAGCUGAGAACAUAAGAGAGAGAACCAAAGAAUUGAAAGCCGAUGCAAAACUAAAGGUCCCAGGUCUACUGGUUAUUGAUACACCUGGCCACGAGUCAUUUACUAAUUUAAGGUCCAGGGGCUCAGGUUUGUGUGACAUUGCGAUCUUGGUUGUGGACAUUAUGCAUGGCUUGGAGCCACAGACAAUAGAAUCACUAAAUCUCUUGAGGAUGAGGAAUACAGAAUUUAUUGUUGCAUUGAAUAAGAUGGACAGACUCUAUGGAUGGAAAGUUUGUCGCAAUGCACCGAUAGUGAAAGCAAUGAAGCAACAGUCUAAAGACGUGCAAAAUGAAUUCAAUAGGAGGCUUACAGGGGUUAUAACUCAGUUCAAGGAGCAGGGGCUGAAUACUGAGCUGUACUAUAAAAAUAGAGAAAUGGGAGAAACUUUCAGUAUUGUCCCUACUAGUGCUAUUAGUGGAGAAGGCAUUCCUGAUUUAUUAUUGUUAUUAGUUCAGUGGACUCAGAAAACAAUGGUUGAGAAACUUACAUAUAGUGAUGAAGUGCAGUGUACAGUGUUGGAGGUUAAGGUUAUUGAAGGUCAUGGAACAACAAUUGAUGUUGUGUUAGUUAAUGGUGUGCUUCAUGAAGGAGAUCAAAUUGUCGUUUGUGGUUUUCAGGGGCCUAUUGUUACCACCAUUCGAGCUCUGUUGACACCUCACCCAAUGAAGGAACUUCGAGUUAAGGGGACAUAUCUACACCACAAAGAAAUUAAGGCUGCGCAGGGUAUCAAGAUCAGUGCACAGGGCCUUGAGCAUGCUCUUGCUGGCACAGGUCUAUAUGUCGUAGGACCAGAUGAUAAUUUGGAGGAUAUCAAGGAAGCAGCAAUGGAAGACGUCAGAUCGGUGAUGAACCGGAUUGAAAAGAGGGAUGAGGGAGUCUAUGUCCAAGCAUCUACCCUAGGGUCAUUGGAAGCAUUGCUGGAAUUUUUAAAGUCACCAGCUGUAGGCAUUCCUGUUAGUGGCAUAGGCAUAGGCCCAGUACACAAAAAGGACGUUAUGAAGGCCAGUGUAAUGCUUGAGAAGAAAAAGGAGUAUGCCACUAUCUUGGCUUUUGAUGUUAAAGUGUCUCAAGAGACUCGGGAACUUGCAGAUGAUCUGGGUGUGAAGAUUUUCAUGGCUGACAUCAUUUAUCACCUAUUCGAUCAAUUCAAGGCUUAUAUUGACAACUUGAAGGAGGAAAAGAAGAAAGAAGCUGCAGACGAGGCAGUGUUCCCUUGCGUUCUUAAGAUUUUACCUAAUUGCAUUUUCAACAAGAAAGAUCCAAUUGUCUUGGGAGUUGAAGUUACUGAUGGCAUAGUCAAGGUUGGGACUCCAAUUUGUGUUCCUGACAAAGAUUUUAUUGACAUUGGCCGUGUUGCUUCCAUUGAAAAUAACUAUAAGGCUGUUGAUUAUGCCAAGAAAGGCCAGAGUGUGGCAAUUAAGCUUGUUAAUAACAGUCCUGAGGACCAGCAGAAAAUGUAUGGCAGGCAUUUUGAUCAUGAAGAUUUACUUGUCAGUCGUAUUUCAAGGACAUCAAUUGAUGUUCUUAAAGCUAAUUACCGGGAUGAUCUGUCAAUGGACGAAUGGAGGCUGGUUGUCAAGCUGAAGAACAUUUUCAAGAUACAGUAAGAUGGUUCGUUCACUGGGAUGGGACAAGACAUGAGUGGAGGGUACAGGACAAAGACCAGACAAAAUAGUUGUCUGGUACUGUAUCUUUCUUUUGACACAUUGAGGCUAUUAACCCAGGAAAACAACAGAAGUCGGAAACUUGUACUGGCACUGGUCGAGGCUAUAUGCAACCAUGGCUAUGUCAUCUUUAAGAUUUUCCACCAAAACCAUGGCUAUGUCAUCUUUAAGAUUUUCCACCAAAAGUCACCUUAAGGCUGGUCUAAGCUCUCUGUAACAAUCUGCACCAGAUCACUUGAAGGCUGCACCCAAUCACUUGAAUUGGAGGCUGGUCUGAGCUCGUGAAAAGAAAAUUAAAUUAUUUUUUUCUUUUUCGAAAAAAAAAAAAACGCAAUUUUGUUAUUUGUGUUUGUCCAUCCAUACUGCACUUGGUGCUAAAUUUUCUUGUGUUGAGCCGAGUUUUCUUAGCCUAUAUAGACGAAGACUGGAAAAAUAUAUGAAAAUGACAAAAUUGCCCCUUCUCAUA